UUCCUACUUCAUUGGCUUUAGUGCAAAUCUCAUUUCCUGGUUUAUAUCCAUUACAAAUUAGAUCUCACCAUGAGAGCAAAAUCCCUUAAUAAACCUAGGUAAAAGCAAUUUGAAGUAAUAUGAUGCUUACUCCAGUGACACCACUAGGUGUGGUGUUUGCAUCAAGUCAUUUUGGGGUGCUUUAUGGAAAUGCUUCCUAGUAGGGAAUUCCCUGACUUCACACUUUCCAGAGAUGACGCUCUCUCUCUUUUUCUCUCUAAUACUUAAUGAGAAUGGACCGCAAGGCUACAUUUAGUCAGGAGAUACCAUCCCCAGCACAUGGUGGAUUGUUGAUGUGAGGUCUAAGGAUUCCGGUCAUUUGAAAUGAAUGGCCUCCUAGAUUUAUGGCAUUUUUCUGUAUAUUGAGAAUAGGUAACUAAAAUAAGUGGUAACUAUAUUUGCAUGUGAUUUGUAUGUUAUAGUUAACAUUUAAAUUCUCUUAUGUACUAAAAUUUUUUUGGUUGCCACAUUAAGCCUCUUUAUCCUGUAAGGCACAGAGUGGCUUUCCACUUCAAUUUUUGCUUUAAUGUAUGAACCCUAAUGGGACCAUAGUUCAACUAAAGGCACCUAACUCAUGAAUGAUAUUUGCUCCAUGUUUGAACAACAAAUGUUUUAACCCACUGUCUUCACUAAUAUUGUAACUACUGUCUUACAGAUUGACUUGAUGCAAAACAUCACAAAGGCUCCAUAUUAUACAGUAUGCGAUUUUUGAGAACUGAUAGUGCAUCAGCCGACCCAGAUAAUUUAAAAUAUUCUUCAUCCAGAGAUAGAGGUGGUUCUUCCUCUUAUGGACUGCAACCUUCAAAUUCAGCUGUGGUGUCUCGGCAAAGGCACGAUGAUACCAGAGUCCACGCUGACAUACAGAAUGACGAAAAGGGUGGCUACAGUGUCAAUGGAGGAUCUGGGGAAAAUACUUAUGGUCGGAAGUCGUUGGGGCAAGAGCUGAGGGUUAACAAUGUGACCAGCCCUGAGUUCACCAGUGUUCAGCAUGGCAGUCGUGCUUUAGCCACCAAAGACAUGAGGAAAUCACAGGAGAGAUCGAUGUCUUAUUCUGAUGAGUCUCGACUGUCGAAUCUUCUUCGGAGGAUCACCCGGGAAGACGACAGAGACCGAAGACUGGCUACUGUAAAGCAGUUGAAAGAAUUUAUUCAGCAACCAGAAAAUAAGCUGGUACUAGUUAAACAAUUGGAUAAUAUCUUGGCUGCUGUACAUGACGUGCUUAAUGAAAGUAGCAAAUUGCUUCAGGAGUUGAGACAGGAGGGAGCUUGCUGUCUUGGCCUUCUUUGUGCUUCUCUGAGCUAUGAGGCUGAGAAGAUCUUCAAGUGGAUUUUUAGCAAAUUUAGCUCAUCUGCAAAAGAUGAAGUUAAACUCCUCUACUUAUGUGCCACCUACAAAGCACUAGAGACUGUAGGAGAAAAGAAAGCCUUUUCAUCUGUAAUGCAGCUUGUAAUGACCAGCCUGCAGUCUAUUCUUGAAAAUGUGGAUACACCAGAAUUGCUUUGUAAAUGUGUUAAGUGCAUUCUUUUGGUGGCUCGAUGUUACCCUCAUAUUUUCAGCACUAAUUUUAGGGAUACAGUUGAUAUAUUAGUUGGAUGGCAUAUAGAUCAUACUCAGAAACCUUCGCUUACGCAGCAGGUAUCUGGGUGGUUGCAGAGUUUGGAGCCAUUUUGGGUAGCUGAUCUUGCAUUUUCUACUACUCUUCUUGGUCAGUUUCUAGAAGACAUGGAAGCAUAUGCUGAGGACCUCAGCCAUGUGGCCUCUGGGGAAUCAGUGGAUGAAGAUGUCCCUCCUCCAUCAGUGUCAUUACCAAAGCUGGCUGCGCUUCUCCGGGUAUUUAGUACUGUGGUGAGGAGCAUUGGGGAACGCUUCAGCCCAAUUCGGGGUCCUCCAAUUACUGAGGCAUAUGUAACAGAUGUUCUGUACAGAGUAAUGAGAUGUGUGACGGCUGCAAACCAGGUGUUUUUUUCUGAGGCUGUGUUGACAGCUGCUAAUGAGUGUGUUGGUGUUUUGCUCGGCAGCUUGGAUCCUAGCAUGACUAUACAUUGUGACAUGGUCAUUACAUAUGGAUUAGACCAACUGGAGAAUUGCCAGACUUGUGGUACCGAUUAUAUCAUCUCAGUCUUGAAUUUACUCACGCUGAUUGUUGAACAGAUAAAUACGAAACUGCCGUCAUCAUUUGUAGAAAAACUGUUUAUACCAUCAUCUAAACUACUAUUCUUGCGUUAUCAUAAAGAAAAAGAGGUUGUUGCUGUAGCCCAUGCUGUUUAUCAAGCAGUGCUCAGCUUGAAGAAUAUUCCUGUUUUGGAGACUGCCUAUAAGUUAAUAUUGGGAGAAAUGACUUGUGCCCUAAACAACCUCCUACACAGUCUGAAACUUCCUGAUGCCUGUUCUGAAAUAAAACAUGAGGCUUUUAAGAAUCAUGUGUUCAAUGUAGACAAUGCAAAAUUUGUAGUUAUAUUUGACCUCAGUGCCCUGACUACAAUUGGAAAUGCCAAAAACUCACUAAUAGGGAUGUGGGCGCUAUCUCCAACUGUCUUUGCACUUCUGAGUAAGAAUCUGAUGAUUGUGCACAGUGACCUGGCUGUUCACUUCCCUGCCAUUCAGUAUGCUGUGCUCUACACAUUGUAUUCUCAUUGUACCAGGCAUGAUCACUUUAUCUCUAGUAGCCUCAGUUCUUCCUCUCCUUCUUUGUUUGAUGGAGCUGUGAUUAGCACUGUAACUACGGCUACAAAGAAACAUUUCUCAAUUAUAUUAAAUCUUCUGGGAAUAUUACUUAAGAAAGAAAACCUUAACCAGGACACGAGGAAACUGUUAAUGACUUGGGCUUUGGAAGUAGCUGUUUUAAUGAAGAAGUCUGAAACAUACGCACCUUUAUUCUCUCUUCCGUCUUUCCAUAAAUUUUGCAAAGGCCUUUUAGCCAACACUCUCGUUGAAGAUGUGAAUAUCUGUCUGCAGGCAUGCAGCAGUCUACAUGCUCUGUCCUCUUCCUUGCCAGAUGAUCUUUUACAGAGAUGUGUCGAUGUUUGCCGUGUUCAACUAGUGCACAGUGGAACUCGUAUUCGACAAGCAUUUGGGAAACUGUUGAAAUCAAUUCCUUUAGAUGUUGUCCUAAGCAAUAACAAUCACACAGAAAUUCAAGAAAUUUCUUUAGCAUUAAGAAGUCACAUGAGUAAAGCACCAAGUAAUACAUUCCACCCCCAAGAUUUCUCUGAUGUUAUUAGUUUUAUUUUGUAUGGGAACUCUCAUAGAACAGGGAAGGACAAUUGGUUGGAAAGACUGUUCUAUAGCUGCCAGAGACUGGAUAAGCGUGACCAGUCAACAAUUCCACGCAAUCUCCUGAAGACAGAUGCUGUCCUUUGGCAGUGGGCCAUAUGGGAAGCUGCACAAUUCACUGUUCUUUCUAAGCUGAGAACCCCACUGGGCAGAGCUCAAGACACCUUCCAGACAAUUGAAGGUAUCAUUCGAAGUCUCGCAGCUCACACAUUAAACCCUGAUCAGGAUGUUAGUCAGUGGACAACUGCAGACAAUGAUGAAGGCCAUGGUAACAACCAACUUAGACUUGUUCUUCUUCUGCAGUAUCUGGAAAAUCUGGAGAAAUUAAUGUAUAAUGCAUACGAGGGAUGUGCUAAUGCAUUAACUUCACCUCCCAAGGUCAUUAGAACUUUUUUCUAUACCAAUCGCCAAACUUGUCAGGACUGGCUAACGCGGAUUCGACUCUCCAUCAUGAGGGUAGGAUUGUUGGCAGGCCAGCCUGCAGUAACAGUGAGACAUGGCUUUGACUUGCUUACAGAGAUGAAAACAACCAGCCUAUCUCAGGGGAAUGAAUUGGAAGUAACCAUUAUGAUGGUGGUAGAAGCACUAUGUGAACUUCAUUGUCCUGAAGCUAUACAGGGAAUUGCUGUCUGGUCAUCAUCUAUUGUUGGAAAAAAUCUUCUGUGGAUUAACUCAGUGGCUCAACAGGCUGAAGGGAGGUUUGAAAAGGCCUCUGUGGAGUACCAGGAACACCUGUGUGCCAUGACAGGUGUUGAUUGCUGCAUCUCCAGCUUUGACAAAUCGGUGCUCACCUUAGCCAAUGCUGGGCGUAACAGUGCCAGCCCGAAACAUUCUCUGAAUGGUGAAUCCAGAAAAACUGUGCUGUCCAAACCGACUGACUCUUCCCCUGAGGUUAUAAAUUAUUUAGGAAAUAAAGCAUGUGAGUGCUACAUCUCAAUUGCCGAUUGGGCUGCUGUGCAGGAAUGGCAGAACGCUAUCCAUGACUUGAAAAAGAGUACCAGUAGCACUUCCCUCAACCUGAAAGCUGACUUCAACUAUAUAAAAUCAUUAAGCAGCUUUGAGUCUGGAAAAUUUGUAGAAUGUACCGAGCAAUUAGAAUUGUUACCAGGAGAAAAUAUCAAUCUACUUGCUGGAGGAUCAAAAGAAAAAAUAGACAUGAAAAAACUGCUUCCUAACAUGUUAAGUCCAGAUCCAAGGGAACUUCAGAAAUCCAUUGAAGUUCAAUUGUUAAGAAGUUCUGUUUGUUUGGCAACUGCUUUAAACCCGAUAGAACAAGAUCAGAAGUGGCAGUCUAUAACUGAAAAUGUGGUAAAGUACUUGAAGCAAACAUCCCGCAUCGCUAUUGGACCUCUGAGACUUUCUACUUUAACAGUUUCACAGUCUUUGCCAGUUCUAAGUACCUUGCAGCUGUAUUGCUCAUCUGCUUUGGAGAGCACAGUUUCUAACAGACUUUCAACAGAGGACUGUCUUAUUCCACUCUUCAGUGAAGCUUUACGUUCAUGUAAACAGCAUGACGUGAGGCCAUGGAUGCAGGCAUUAAGGUAUACUAUGUACCAGAAUCAGUUGUUGGAGAAAAUUAAAGAACAAACAGUCCCAAUUAGAAGCCAUCUCAUGGAAUUAGGUCUAACAGCAGCAAAAUUUGCUAGAAAACGAGGGAAUGUGUCCCUUGCAACAAGACUGCUGGCACAGUGCAGUGAAGUUCAGCUGGGAAAGACCACCACUGCACAGGAUUUAGUCCAACAUUUUAAAAAACUAUCAACCCAAGGUCAAGUGGAUGAAAAAUGGGGGCCUGAACUUGAUAUUGAAAAAACCAAAUUGCUGUAUACAGCAGGCCAGUCAACACAUGCAAUGGAAAUGUUGAGUUCUUGUGCCAUAUCUUUCUGCAAGUCUGUGAAAGCUGAAUAUGCAGUUGCUAAGUCAAUUUUGACACUGGCUAAAUGGAUCCAGGCAGAAUGGAAAGAGAUUUCAGGACAGCUGAAACAGGUUUACAGAGCUCAGCACCAACAGAACUUCACAGGUCUUUCUACUUUGUCUAAAAACAUACUCACUCUAAUAGAACUGCCAUCUGUUAAUACGAUGGAAGAAGAGUAUCCUCGGAUCGAGAGUGAAUCUACAGUGCAUAUUGGAGUUGGAGAACCUGACUUCAUUUUGGGACAGUUGUAUCACCUAUCUUCAGUACAGGCACCUGAAGUAGCCAAAUCUUGGGCAGCGUUGGCCAGCUGGGCUUAUAGGUGGGGCAGAAAGGUGGUUGACAAUGCCAGUCAGGGAGAAGGUGUUCGUCUGCUGCCUAGAGAAAAAUCUGAAGUUCAGAAUCUGCUUCCAGACACUAUAACUGAGGAAGAGAAAGAGAGAAUAUAUGGUAUUCUUGGACAGGCUGUGUGUCGGCCGGCGGGGAUUCAGGAUGAAGAUAUAACACUUCAGAUAACAGAGAGUGAAGAUAACGAAGAAGAUGACAUGGUUGAUGUUAUCUGGCGUCAGUUGAUAUCAAGCUGCCCAUGGCUUUCAGAACUUGAUGAAAGUGCCACUGAAGGAGUUAUUAAAGUGUGGAGGAAAGUUGUAGAUAGAAUAUUCAGCCUGUACAAACUCUCUUGCAGUGCAUACUUUACUUUCCUUAAACUCAACGCUGGUCAAAUUCCUUUAGAUGAGGAUGACCCUAGGCUGCAUUUAAGUCACAGAGUGGAACAGAGCACUGAUGACAUGAUCGUGAUGGCCACAUUGCGCCUGCUGCGGUUGCUCGUGAAGCACGCUGGUGAGCUUCGGCAGUAUCUGGAGCACGGCUUGGAGACAACACCCACUGCACCAUGGAGAGGAAUUAUUCCGCAACUUUUCUCACGCUUAAACCACCCUGAAGUGUAUGUGCGCCAAAGUAUUUGUAACCUUCUCUGCCGUGUGGCUCAAGAUUCCCCACAUCUCAUAUUGUAUCCUGCAAUAGUGGGUACCAUAUCACUUAGUAGUGAAUCCCAGGCUUCAGGAAAUAAAUUUUCCACUGCAAUUCCAACUUUACUUGGCAAUAUUCAAGGAGAAGAAUUGCUGGUUUCUGAAUGUGAGGGAGGAAGUCCUCCUGCAUCUCAGGAUAGCAAUAAGGAUGAACCUAAAAGUGGAUUAAAUGAAGACCAAGCCAUGAUGCAGGAUUGUUACAGCAAAAUUGUAGAUAAGCUGUCCUCUGCAAACCCCACCAUGGUAUUACAGGUUCAGAUGCUCGUGGCUGAACUGCGCAGGGUCACUGUGCUCUGGGAUGAGCUCUGGCUGGGAGUUUUGCUGCAACAACACAUGUAUGUCCUGAGACGAAUUCAGCAGCUUGAAGAUGAGGUGAAGAGAGUCCAGAACAACAACACCUUACGCAAAGAAGAGAAAAUUGCAAUCAUGCGGGAGAAGCACACAGCUUUGAUGAAGCCCAUCGUAUUUGCUUUGGAGCAUGUGAGGAGUAUCACAGCGGCUCCUGCAGAAACACCUCAUGAAAAAUGGUUUCAGGAUAACUAUGGUGAUGCCAUUGAAAAUGCCCUAGAAAAACUGAAGACUCCAUCGAACCCUGCAAAGCCUGGGAGCAGCUGGAUUCCAUUUAAAGAGAUAAUGCUAAGUUUGCAACAGAGAGCACAGAAACGUGCAAGUUACAUCUUGCGUCUUGAAGAAAUCAGUCCAUGGUUGGCUGCCAUGACUAACACUGAAAUUGCUCUUCCUGGGGAAGUCUCAGCCAGAGACACUGUCACAAUCCAUAGUGUGGGCGGAACCAUCACAAUCUUACCGACUAAAACCAAGCCAAAGAAACUUCUCUUUCUUGGAUCAGAUGGGAAGAGCUAUCCUUAUCUUUUCAAAGGACUGGAGGAUUUACAUCUGGAUGAGAGAAUAAUGCAAUUCCUAUCUAUUGUGAAUACCAUGUUUGCUACAAUUAAUCGCCAAGAAACACCCCGGUUCCAUGCUCGACACUAUUCUGUAACACCACUAGGAACAAGAUCAGGACUAAUCCAGUGGGUAGAUGGAGCCACACCCUUAUUUGGUCUUUACAAACGAUGGCAACAACGGGAAGCUGCCUUACAAGCACAAAAGGCCCAAGAUUCCUACCAAACUCCUCAGAAUCCUGGAAUUGUACCCCGUCCUAGUGAACUUUAUUACAGUAAAAUUGGCCCGGCUUUGAAAACAGUUGGGCUUAGCCUGGAUGUGUCCCGUCGGGAUUGGCCUCUUCAUGUAAUGAAGGCAGUAUUGGAAGAGUUAAUGGAGGCCACACCCCCGAAUCUCCUUGCCAAAGAGCUCUGGUCAUCUUGCACAACACCCGAUGAAUGGUGGAGAGUUACGCAGUCUUAUGCAAGAUCUACUGCAGUCAUGUCUAUGGUUGGAUACAUAAUUGGCCUUGGAGACAGACAUCUGGAUAAUGUUCUUAUAGAUAUGACGACUGGAGAAGUUGUUCACAUAGAUUACAAUGUUUGCUUUGAAAAAGGUAAAAGCCUUAGAGUUCCUGAGAAAGUACCUUUUCGAAUGACACAAAACAUUGAAACAGCACUGGGUGUAACUGGAGUAGAAGGUGUAUUUAGGCUUUCAUGUGAGCAGGUUUUACACAUUAUGCGGCGUGGCAGAGAGACCCUGCUGACGCUGCUGGAGGCCUUUGUGUACGACCCUCUGGUGGACUGGACAGCAGGAGGCGAGGCUGGGUUUGCUGGUGCUGUCUAUGGUGGAGGUGGCCAGCAGGCCGAGAGCAAGCAGAGCAAGAGAGAGAUGGAGCGAGAGAUCACCCGCAGCCUGUUUUCUUCUAGAGUAGCUGAGAUUAAGGUGAACUGGUUUAAGAAUAGAGAUGAGAUGCUGGUUGUGCUUCCCAAGUUGGACGGUAGCUUAGAUGAAUACCUAAGCUUGCAAGAGCAACUGACAGAUGUGGAAAAACUGCAGGGCAAACUACUGGAGGAAAUAGAGUUUCUAGAAGGAGCUGAAGGGGUGGAUCAUCCUUCUCAUACUCUGCAACACAGGUAUUCUGAACACACCCAACUACAGACUCAGCAAAGAGCUGUUCAGGAAGCAAUCCAGGUGAAGCUGAAUGAAUUUGAACAAUGGAUAACACAUUAUCAGGCUGCAUUCAGUAAUUUAGAAGCAACACAGCUUGCAAGCUUGCUUCAAGAGAUAAGCACACAAAUGGACCUUGGUCCUCCAAGUUACGUGCCAGCAACAGCCUUUCUGCAGAAUGCUGGUCAGGCCCACUUGAUUAGCCAGUGCGAGCAGCUGGAGGGGGAGGUUGGUGCUCUCCUGCAGCAGAGGCGCUCCGUGCUCCGUGGCUGUCUGGAGCAACUGCAUCACUAUGCAACCGUGGCUCUGCAGUAUCCGAAGGCCAUAUUUCAGAAACAUCGAAUUGAACAGUGGAAGACCUGGAUGGAAGAGCUCAUCUGUAACACCACAGUAGAGCGUUGUCAAGAGCUCUAUAGGAAAUAUGAAAUGCAAUAUGCUCCCCAGCCACCCCCAACAGUGUGUCAGUUCAUCACUGCCACUGAAAUGACCCUGCAGCGAUAUGCAGCAGACAUCAACAGCAGACUUAUUAGACAAGUGGAACGCUUGAAACAGGAAGCUGUCACUGUGCCAGUUUGUGAAGACCAGUUGAAAGAAAUUGAACGUUGCAUUAAAGUUUUCCUUCAUGAGAAUGGAGAAGAAGGAUCUUUGAGUCUAGCAAGUGUUAUUAUUUCUGCCCUUUGUACCCUUACAAGGCGUAACCUGAUGAUGGAAGGUGCAGCGUCAAGUGCUGGAGAACAGCUGGUUGAUCUGACUUCUCGGGAUGGAGCCUGGUUCUUGGAGGAACUCUGCAGUAUGAGCGGAAACGUCACCUGCUUGGUUCAGUUACUGAAACAGUGCCACCUGGUGCCACAGGACUUAGAUAUCCCGAACCCCAUGGAAGCGUCUGAGACAGUUCACUUAGCCAAUGGAGUGUAUACCUCACUUCAGGAGUUGAAUUCGAAUUUCCGGCAAAUCAUAUUUCCAGAAGCACUUCGAUGUUUAAUGAAAGGGGAAUACACGUUAGAAAGUAUGCUGCAUGAACUGGACGGUCUUAUUGAGCAGACCACCGAUGGCGUUCCCCUGCAGACUCUAGUGGAAUCUCUUCAGGCCUACUUAAGAAACGCAGCUAUGGGACUGGAAGAAGAAACACAUGCUCAUUACAUCGAUGUUGCCAGACUACUACAUGCUCAGUACGGUGAAUUAAUCCAACCGAGAAAUGGUUCAGUUGAUGAAACACCCAAAAUGUCAGCUGGCCAGAUGCUUUUGGUAGCAUUCGAUGGCAUGUUUGCUCAAGUUGAAACUGCUUUCAGCUUAUUAGUUGAAAAGUUGAACAAGAUGGAAAUUCCCAUAGCUUGGCGAAAGAUUGACAUCAUAAGGGAAGCCAGGAGUACUCAAGUUAAUUUUUUUGAUGAUGAUAAUCACCGGCAGGUGCUAGAAGAGAUUUUCUUUCUAAAAAGACUACAGACUAUUAAGGAGUUCUUCAGGCUCUGUGGUACCUUUUCUAAAACAUUGUCAGGAUCAAGUUCACUUGAAGAUCAGAAUACUGUGAAUGGGCCUGUACAGAUUGUCAAUGUGAAAACCCUUUUUAGAAACUCUUGUUUCAGUGAAGACCAAAUGGCCAAACCUAUCAAGGCAUUCACAGCUGACUUUGUGAGGCAGCUCUUGAUAGGGCUACCCAACCAAGCCCUCGGACUCACACUGUGCAGUUUUAUCAGUGCUCUGGGUGUAGACAUCAUUGCUCAAGUAGAGGCAAAGGACUUUGGUGCCGAAAGCAAAGUUUCUGUUGAUGAUCUCUGUAAGAAAGCGGUGGAACAUAACAUCCAGAUAGGGAAGUUCUCUCAGCUGGUUAUGAACAGGGCAACUGUGUUAGCAAGUUCUUACGACACUGCCUGGAAGAAGCAUGACUUGGUGCGAAGGCUAGAAACCAGUAUUUCUUCUUGUAAGACAAGCCUGCAGCGGGUUCAGCUGCAUAUUGCCAUGUUUCAGUGGCAACAUGAAGAUCUACUUAUCAAUAGACCACAAGCCAUGUCAGUCACACCUCCCCCACGGUCUGCUAUCCUAACCAGCAUGAAAAAGAAGCUGCAUACCCUGAGCCAAAUUGAAACUUCUAUUGCAACAGUUCAGGAGAAGCUAGCUGCACUUGAAUCAAGUAUUGAACAGCGACUCAAGUGGGCAGGUGGUGCCAACCCUGCAUUGGCCCCUGUACUACAAGAUUUUGAAGCAACGAUAGCUGAAAGAAGAAAUCUUGUCCUUAAAGAGAGCCAAAGAGCAAGUCAGGUCACUUUUCUCUGCAGCAAUAUCAUUCAUUUUGAAAGUUUACGAACAAGAACUGCAGAAGCCUUAAACCUGGAUGCGGCGUUAUUUGAACUAAUCAAGCGAUGUCAGCAGAUGUGUUCGUUUGCAUCACAGUUUAACAGUUCAGUGUCUGAGUUAGAGCUUCGUUUAUUACAGAGAGUGGACACUGGUCUUGAACAUCCUAUUGGCAGCUCUGAAUGGCUUUUGUCAGCACACAAACAGUUGACCCAGGAUAUGUCUACUCAGAGGGCAAUUCAGACAGAGAAAGAGCAGCAGAUAGAAACGGUCUGUGAAACAAUUCAGAAUCUGGUUGAUAAUAUAAAGACUGUGCUCACUGGUCAUAACCGACAGCUUGGAGAUGUCAAACAUCUCUUGAAAGCUAUGGCUAAGGAUGAAGAAGCUGCUCUGGCAGAUGGUGAAGAUGUUCCCUAUGAGAACAGUGUUAGGCAGUUUUUGGGUGAAUAUAAAUCAUGGCAAGACAACAUUCAAACAGUUCUAUUUACAUUAGUCCAGGCUAUGGGUCAGGUUCGAAGUCAAGAACACGUUGAAAUGCUCCAGGAAAUCACUCCCACCUUGAAAGAACUGAAAACACAAAGUCAGAGUAUCUAUAAUAAUUUAGUGAGUUUUGCAUCACCCUUAGUCACCGAUGCAACAAAUGAAUGUUCGAGUCCAACGUCAUCUGCUACUUAUCAGCCAUCCUUCGCUGCAGCAGUCCGGAGUAACACUGGCCAGAAGACUCAGCCUGAUGUCAUGUCACAGAAUGCUAGAAAGCUGAUCCAGAAAAAUCUUGCUACAUCAGCUGAUACUCCACCAAGCACCGUUCCAGGAACUGGCAAGAGUGUUGCUUGUAGUCCUAAAAAGGCAGUCAGAGACCCUAAAACUGGGAAAGCGGUGCAAGAGAGAAACUCCUACGCAGUGAGUGUGUGGAAGAGAGUGAAAGCCAAGUUAGAGGGCCGAGAUGUUGAUCCGAAUAGGAGGAUGUCAGUUGCUGAACAGGUUGACUAUGUCAUUAAGGAAGCAACUAAUCUAGAUAACUUGGCUCAGCUGUAUGAAGGUUGGACAGCCUGGGUGUGAAUGGCAAGACAGUAGAUGAGUCUGGUUAAGCGAGGUCAGACAUCCACCAGAAUCAACUCAGCCUCAGGCAUCCAAAGCCACACCACAGUCGGUGGUGAUGCAACUGGGGGCUUACUCUGAGGAAACCUAGGAAAUCUCGGUGCACUAGGAAGUGAAUCCCGCAGGACAGCUGCACUCAGGGAUACGCCCAACACCAUGGCCUGCAACCCCAGGGUCAAGGGUGAAGGAAAGCAAGCUCACCGCCUGAACACGGAGAUUGUCUUUCUGCCACAGAACAGCAGCAGACGUGUCGGGAGGUUAGCUGCGGAAAGAAAUCGGGAUGCCGCGGAGCACAGAGUGAUUUGGAACUUCAUUCCACCUGACCCUGUGUGUACAAUCCAGGAAAAAAACAAACCCCACUCAGAAACAGAGAAAACUGGGGUCGUGAAGAAAUCACAGCCAAGGAAGAUUUGAUGCAUUCAGAUUCUCAUGUAACACUUGUUGCUUGGCAACAGUACUGGUUGGGUUGACCAGUAAGUAGAAAAAGGCUAAAGGCUAUGCGAUAUGAAUUUCAGAAAUGGACUGAAAAUGGAGAGCUAUGUAACAGAUACACUACAGUGGAAGAACUUACUUCUGAAAUGAAGGGAAAAAAACCACCCCAUCGUUCCCUACUCCUCCCCACCACUUACCCGUUCCCCCUUUACCUAAUCUAGUAGAUUAGCCAUCUUUCAAAUUCACUUUUAUUUCAAUCCUUAUAUUUCAUAUACUUCCGUCUCGAUGCUGUUAACAACUUCUGAUAACAUGGAAAAUUCAAGGAUUGUUUAAAGGUCUGAUGAUCACACACAAAAUGUAAUUCCGGUUAUUUAAGUCAUUUCUGUGAUUCUAUCAUGUACAGUUUCCAGAAUUGUCACUGUGCAUUCAAAAGUAAUGAAUCUAACAGACAUUUGAUUUAAUGUACACUCCCUUUUGCUUAUAGUGUGCAUUUUUUUUGGAGGUCAUUCAAAUUUUCCCUCUUCUGUGAUAGCUGUAGUUUCUUUCAUAGAAAGUAGCUAAUCCAGUGUAAUCUUUUACCUUUUUAAAAACCAAGAUAGAGUAUCUAUUAGAGUUUUACAUUGUUGAUGAUAGAUUAACAAUAAAGUGAUGUUCUGGUGGAGGUAGACUGAAAUUUUUUUAAUUCAUGUUUUUCAUUUGAUACUUUUAAUUUACACUUAGUAAAUUAAAAGUUGUUUAAUUUAGUUGGCAUUUUAGGACAUGUACAUGAAACAGUGAAAAUGAGAUCCACCAACAUCUUUUAUUAAGUUCAGUUAUUAGUCUGUGAAGUGCUUUACUUUUUGCACAAUUUUAAUAGCUUGCUAUUCAGUAAUACAUUAUAGUGAAUUCAUGAUCAAGGUUUCCUUAAAUUCAGCAUUGCAUUUCAGUACUGACUGUGUAAGCUAGAUUGCUGAUCCAAAAUAAAAACCCAGACUAGAAUAGGGUUCUUAAAAUCAAGUAUCAACACAAAAUAGAACACAAUUAAAAUCUUAAUUGUUGGCUGGGCACAGUGGCUCAUGCCUGUAAUCCCAGCACUUGGGAGGCCGAGGCGGGCGGAUCAUGAGGUUAGGAGAGCGAGACCAUCCUGGCUAACACGGUGAAACCCCGUCUUUACUAAAAAUACAAAAAAAAUUAGCUUGCGUGGUGGUGGGCGCCUGUAGUCCCAGCUACUUGGGAGGCUGAGGCAGGAGAAUGGCGUGAACCCAGGAGGUGGAGCUUGCAGUGAGCCGAGAUUGUGCCACUGCACUCCAGCCUGGGCGACAGAGCGAGACUCCGUGUCAAAAAUAAAUGAAUAGAUAAAAAAAAAAUUGAGUACAUUUUCCCUGCAUUUUAGAGAUUAGGACAGUGGUCACUUUCUAGUUGCCGUCUUCACAGACAAACUUGAAAGGUAUUAAGGAAAAAAUUCCACAUAGCUCUGGGCCUUUUUUGUAUUCUGAUUGCCACGUUAAUCUGUAAUCUUUAAGUACCCGUGAAAGAAUGUGUUUCAGUAUCAGUGCUUUUUUGGUACUUUAACAAGUAUUGUAGGCACGGUGGAUUUUUUUGAAAUACCCAUGUGUCCAAUAGCAAGUUAAGGAACCUAGCGCAUCAAAUUUUGUUUUCUUCAUUCAUUUGGAACCUUAUUUUCGCAAAAAACCUAGCUGGAAUAAUAAUGCCAUAUUGUAUUUUGCACGCUGCUUUAUUUUCUAGAGGCUCUGGGAGCAAAUUACAUUCAUCACAUUACCUCUGCUCUCUCAAGAUUAAAGUCUUUCAGCAACAUUCUUUAUUGUCGUCAUAAGGAAAAACUUUUAUCGCAAUGAUAAAGUCAGUUCACAUUAGUUUAGCACUAUAGAUAGUAUUCAGAAAUUGCUUUCUCUUUGGUAAAGAAGAUAAAUAGGUGAAUUUUAUUGCCUGUGUUUUCAGGCUUCAGAGGUACCUGGCACCUUAAGCAAAAACAAAAAACAGCUUUACUUCAAAAGCAUGUGCCUCUGGUAAAUUAUCCAUCACUUUUGUUUUAAAGUGGUCCCUCCAAGAAUAAUGUGGCAUACACAGUGGGUUUGGUUGUAAGGCAGAUGUAAUAGAUGACUUCAAAAGCCUGCUCCUUACUGCACUCUGGACAAGGCCCUGGUCUGUAUAGUUUGGCUUCCUCUGUUAAGUCAUUCUACAAGGUGACUUGCCAUUUGAACUUUUGUAAGAGACCUCAGCAGUUAGACUGAGAAAAGUUAGAGUGCAGUAGUUAUGAAGUCAUACAUUUUUGAUAAAAUACCUGUGGAAAACCAGGGAUCCUCUCCUGUUUCUCUCUCCUGCCUCCCCCUUUCCCUCCAUUCCUCUGUCGCCUCCCCCUCUCCUCCACUUUCUUUAAGAAUCAGGGGGUACAGAAUAACCUACAAACAACCUCUUCAAAGUACCCUUGGAAAUUGAAGUUCAAUCUUAAGUUUUUUGCUGUCUUUAAUUUACUAGAAUUGCCUAAUUUUUAGUUGAUUUCUCUACAGAGCUUAGCUUGUGUAGUUAUUUCUCUUUUACUGUUGCUUUGGUGUGUCUUGAAGUUUGAUUGAUUAUUUUUGGUCAUUGAGUUCUUAGUGUAGUUUGCUAGAUGAUUAUUAAGAUUCUUUUGUGUCUGACACUUGUGGUGAGUUGCUUUUGAAAUCUGUUGAGAUUUCCAUGUGAGAACUGAUAAUCAGGCUCUUGAUCUGCUUCCCUAAAUUACUUUUUUAGAGCCCAAACCCCAGCUUUAGGGUGAGGGUUUGUAAUACAAAGAAACACUUCCAUCACUUCUGCCCUUAACCCUUGCCUCUAUUACCUAAGCUUAGUAAGUAGUUUUCUUAAUAUUGUCCAAUGUUUGGUGUUAUCUGCAUUGUUUUUUGUUUUUUUAAUUGUGGUUGUUCUGACGUGUGAAAUUUAAGGAAAGAGCCAUUUUUUAAAAAUGCCGAGCAGGGCAAUGCAAGUACAGCCAAAUAUUAGACUUGAUGUGCAAUCUUCGGUCCUUUUUAAUCUGGGGUAUUAUAGGCAGUACUUUAAAUUGCAAAGUCUUCCGGGCCUAUUUUCCUCCACAUUUUUGUAAUUAACUCUGGGGGCUUACUUGUUUUGGCAGUACUAAAAUCAAAGGAGCUGGUUCUUCUUUUCUCCCAAUUAUUUUCAUAUGAAAGCACCUACAAUUAGCCUGUUAGUCCUAUUCAGAUACAUCAAAUAUCAGUGAAUGCUUUACUAUUAGCACAUUUAAGCAUCUUUGUUUUACAUAAAAUUAGAGUAUGAAAACCAGUGUUCAAUUUUUUAUCUUGUUGAGCUUGUAAAAUGCCAGCAAUUUAAAACUAGGACUUUUCCCCCCAUAAGCCAAGGAGGUAGAAUUACUAAUACAAGGGUUAAAGAAGGUAGAUUUUGUUUUCAAUAUUUGGGUAAUAUUAGAAAGAUUCUUCCCACAGGGAAGAACUAGCAAGUGUCCCAAAUUUUUCCAAACGUUGGGGAGGGGAAAAUUCACUGUAUCAUGAAACCCUAAGGGUUUGUUGCACUUCCUGCUUUUUAGGCCUGGAUAACAGUAUCACCAUCCUUAUUUACAGAAGGGCAAAACUGACUCUUAAUGAGAAAAGCUUUAUAAGUUCAAGGGUUGUAAAACAUGAACUACUUAGGGUCGUUUGCUUUCCAUGGGAACUUGGCUAGACUUAGAAAAAGCUGUUUGUUGUGCUAAUGUAAAAGUGUCAUACAAUUUAGAAGAUUUUUGAAGAUGGUAAACUUAGAAGAAUUCUAUGUUCUGAAAUGCACACUUUUAGAAUGUUUUUCUUUGAAAACAGGCUAAUAGUUUUUUCUUUUUUUGACAAAGUUUCAGCUCCUCUUUAAAGUUAUUGUGUCAUUUUUCUGGUUUAAAUUUCCCUUAUAUUUCCACCUGUAAUGUCAGUGGCAACAACAUCAUACUUCACUUACUUGUUAAUUUACUUUUUACCCUUAUUCUAAGAGCAAGUUGAGUUGAACUGAAUCUUCCUUGUCCUAGUAACAAUGUAUAAAUAGUGGCUUCUCUGUACAAAAGGUUGUAAUGCCUCCUGAUGGAUAUAAUUUUGUGAUUGUAUUUAAAAGUUGAAUAAAUCACACCAGCUUCCUGAAAAUGUUCAUAAUGCAUCUUUUGGAAAACAAAAAUACAUGCCUACUUUGUGCAUAUUUGCAUUAACAUGGCAAAGAUUGUAUGAAUACCUGUUUUUCAGAAAAUAAAGGUUCAGUCUCAAAAGA